AUGUCUGCCGAUACCAAGAACAACGGACUCGCUGCGAACGGAUGGACUGCAGUACCCCGCAGUUUCAAAAAAAGCCUUGCGGAUGUGGACAAGAGCAAGCAAGCCGAGUUGACGGUUGACAAAGCGGGUGCGCCCAGUACUGAUCUUGCAAGGAAGACACACGAGUUCGCGAAGGAGAAAUUGCCAGAGAAGACUUUCAACCAUUCUAUGCGUGUCUGGUACUACGUGGUCUUCGCUUAA